GACACGGCAGCAGGCAGUGGCCUAGGCGUCGCUCUCUUCCCGUUAGCGAACAGUACAGAUCUGGUAGCAGAGCGGUGGAAAGACGUCUGACCACCCGAGUCGUCGCUACUCUGUUUACUAGGCUUUUUCAAAGACCCUUAAAGGAAUUUGCAGCGAGGGAAGGCGGAGGAAGGAGACAGCCGGGUAUCUGGACAUCCAGACGGCCGCACAGCUGCUGCCGCAAAGCCCGCUUCUGCUGCACACACAAUUUCCAACAGUCUCUCUAAAGUCUACCAACCACGACCCCUCUCUUUUGCCGGAUGUUUGCCUGUACUGUAGAGUUACCAUGGACUGGAUGAAAGAGGACUGACGUUCAGAUCUCCCUGUUUAAUAAAGUGGCCUCUGGAGGAGCAACGGCGAGCCUUUCACAGCCCGAACCCAGGAGAGUGACAGCAGCAGCGGCAGCAGCAAAAUGUCUGUCCCUGUGUUCUGUAGGAUAUUUGACUGCCUGCAGGGGUCACCACAGGUUGAGAACGUGUUGGCCAAGGCCUUGUAUGACAACGUGGCUGAGUCUCCAGAUGAACUGUCCUUCCGCAAAGGUGACAUCAUGACAGUGUUGGAGCGUGACACACAGGGAUUGGAUGGCUGGUGGCUCUGCUCACUCCACGGACGCCAAGGCAUCGUCCCUGGCAAUCGUCUGAAGAUUCUGGUGGGCAUGUAUGACAGUAAGCAGCAGCAGCAGGCCACUCCUCCCACACCAGAUCUACUUGUUUCCUGUUCUGCCUCCCAGGUUCAGCGACCCCUCCCCAUUCAAAGCACCUACGCCAAACCAGCACCUGCUUUGUCAUCUGCUGCCAUCGCUACGUCCUCUGGGUUUGCCACCAAGCCCCUCCCCUCAACACAGUACACGUCCAUGCACCCAGCCUACUCCACCCCCAGCCCUGCCCAGCCCAACCCUGACUCUGUCUACAUGAUGCCGCCCUCCCAUGGUUCAAAACCAAGCCCCCAAAGUCUAUACCAGGUUCCCUCUGGUCCAAGUGGACCCUCUGCACAGGCACAGCCAGGACCCCCAAGCAAGGCUCCACCUCUAGGACAAAGACAGUACCAGCUCCCUGGACAGGAUAUUUAUCAGGUGCCCCCCUGUGGAGGCCCAGGACCAGGCCAUGGAGCAGUUCCGUCUGGGGGUACAGGAGCUGUCCAGGAUGUGUACCAGGUGCCCCCCACUCUGGAUAAGAGGAACUGGGAGAGCAGCAACAAGCCUCUUGGCAAGGUGGUUGUUCCUACCCGUGUUGGACAGGUGUAUGUAUACGACACAGUAAAACCAGACCGGGACGAGUACGACAUCCCACCAAGACAUCAGCCCCCAACCCAGCAGGACAUAUAUGACGUGCCUCCCACCCGCCAGCAGUACAGUACACAGGUGUAUGAUACUCCUCCCAUGGUGGUGAAGGAUCCCUCUAGUGGUCAAGAUAUAUAUGACAUCCCAGCAAGCACAGACAAGAACCCACAACAGACUGUCUAUGACUUCCCACCAUCUGUCAGUAAAGACAUACCUGUUUCUCAACCAAUAAGAGAGGAGACCUAUGAUGUGCCACCCCACUUUGCCAAAAUAAAGUCCCAAGUCGCCAUCACUCCUGGCCAGUACCUGCAGAACAUCAAUGACGAUGACGAAGAGCCGCCGAUUCCAGAGGAUGUUUACGACGUCCCACCCCCUAUCCUGACUGACAAGCAUUAUCACAGAGACAGGAAUGGAUUCAGCCAGGCCCCCCAGGAGAUCUAUGACAUCCCAGCCAUUCUGCAUCCUGGAGGGUACCCCACCAAGGAUGUAUAUGACUUCCCCCGAGAACGAGAGGAACAAGGAGGAGAGAGGGGAGGCCAGUAUGUCUAUGAUGUCCCACCACAGGUUGUUCGUGAUGCCCAGUCAACCAGUGAAGAGCUGACAAUGUCUUUCAAGCGGCUGUCUGCCUCAAGCACAGGAAGCACACGGAGCAACCACUCUACUUCAUCAUUAGACAUUGUCCCUGUCCGUGACACCUCCUCACUUCCUGCUCCAAGCCCCAUUCCAGGGAAACCACUCAUCUUGGACCUGGAUCAGGCCAUGGAGCGUCUGUCUCGCCUCCAGCAAGCUGUUGAGUCCAGUGUUUCCUUCAUGAUGUCAUUCAUUACAGGCAAUUGGAGAAACCCUGCUCACCUGGAGGGGAAUCUUCCGGCUAUUCAUCAGGCUGCUGACCGGGUGCGAGUCACUGUUCGAGACUUUCUAGAAUUUGCUCGGGGUGCUGUGGCCAAUGCUACCCAGGUUACAGACCGCUCACUACAGACCAAACUAGGCCGUCAGGUGGGAAAGAUGGAGGAGGUCUUCCAGAGUUUGAUUCGACACAGUCAGAGCUUAGACACAAUUUCUUGGUCACACACAGCACUCACAACACCACCACCAGGAGGGGAUGACUUAGAUCUACUAAUUAUGACAGCGCGAGGCAUCCCCGAUGACGCCAAGCAGCUUGCCUCCUUUCUCCAUGGUAAUGCCUCACUGCUCUUCAAACGGACGACCCGGCAACAGCAGCAGCUGCCUCUUCCUCCGAUCCCUGGGGAGAUCAGUGGUCACAUGACAGGGUCAGGAAGUGGAAGCUUUCAGGGAGGGGAGAAGGUGAAUAUUCAGUCACGGCCCCUCCCCUCCCCACCAAAAUUUACAGCUGCAGAGGACGAGGAAGGUGUGGACAGGCCGUAUGAGACCACAGAGGAAGGCUGGAUGGAAGACUAUGACUACGUACAUCUACAGGGAAAGGAAGAGUUUGAGAAGAACCAAAGACAACUGCUGGAAAAAGGCAAUAUUAUCAGACACAAGAAGACACAACUGGAACAGCAACAGAUUAAACAGUUUGAGAGGCUAGAGCAGGAAGUCAGCCGGCCAAUCAACAAUGACAUGACGGGCUGGGUUCCAUCCCCACAUCACCCUCUAGCCAACCAGCUGGCCCAGAACGGCUCUGGAGGCUCCUCCUCCUCCAAGCUGUGCCAUGGCGACCAGCAGCUCCUCCUCUUCUAUCAGGAGCAAUGUGAACAGAAUGUCACCACAGUGACCAACGCCAUUGAUGCUUUCUUUACGGCCAUCAACUCUAACCAGCCACCAAAGAUCUUUGUGGCACACAGCAAAUUUGUCAUUCUCAGUGCACAUAAGCUGGUGUUCAUUGGCGACACACUGUCACGUCAGGCCAAGACUCCUGAGGUGAGGGCCCGGGUUGCCCAAAGCAGCAACACCCUCUGUGAAAAACUCAAAGACAUUGUGAUCAGUACAAAGACAGCAGCGCUUCAAUAUCCUUCGCCUGGAGCAGCCAGAGAGAUGACUGAGCGGGUAAAGGAGCUGGCAGGAUAUACACAGCAGUUCAGGAUGGUGCUGGGACAACUGCUGGUGAUGUAGGGGAGGCGAGUAGGGUGGAGGAAAACAAACAGUGAAACAAACUGAGAUGUCCCAGUAACGUGGGCUGGACUUCCCUGUAGGCCUCUGCAAUGCAGGAAAAGAGAACCAGGAGCUCCCUGGACUUGUAGCAUGGAAGCGCUGUGUGGUCCUGAAUCCUGGGGGUCUGAGACCCUGUCUGGGACCAGGGACACCAACUUCACAUCCAUCCUCUGCUCUCUCCCUCUGUUGCCUUUUAUCAGGACAUUCCUCUGUCAUCCCACCUUUGUCUGUGCUGUGCACUUUUUCCUCUAGACAAACUAAAACCAACAUUUUAUCUUCAGUGGGCUGGGCCAGUGGCUGUAAAGUAAUCAUUGUAAAUAUUUAAGGACCUAUUUAGUCAGAAAACCUAAAAGAGUAGAGGCUAAAGAACUUCCAUUAUAUAAAUAUAAGUAUUUCUUUUUUUGUUUGAAAAAAGAAAAGAUGAAAACAUUAGUGUGGUUUUUUUAGACAGUAUCAAUAAUUGUUAUCAAUAUUGCUAUACCAUAUGAUUAUGACUCUAAUUCUUGAUCCUUGUAUCAUUAUUGUUACGAAUGUGUAAAUUCCAGAUGAUAUGUAUGACCCUAUGCUGUUCCAAGUCUAUGCUUUUUUCAGCCCUGACAAAGGCGUACUUUCCAAAAAACACACUGGAGCACUCACCCAUCUUCAAACGUCACAGUAAUGGCCUGCUAUUACCAUGACGCCUCUGUGUUCAAACAGUAUGUUACCACCUGUGGCUCAGCACGUUUUCCAUGCUGAUUUCAGUCGACCACAGCAGGAGAUAGUACUGCCAAAAGGUGUCCACAUAACUGUACAGCUGCAGUACUGCAGAUGCACUUAAAAAUGAUCUUCGUGCCACCUCGGAUGAUUUUCUUUGGAAAGUUACAUGUUGUUUUGUAAGAGGCAUGCAAUAGAGAAAAGGAAAAAAAUUUAAAGACAGCAAAUACAAACCUGCAUUUCUUUUUUCUCUGACUCUGAGAUAUGAUUUUUAAAGCAGUCAAAAAUUAUGUGAAAUGUCUAGAACCACUGGAACAUGUUGUGCAGGCAGUUUGCACACAGAGGUUAAAUUUCUUCAGUUUCCCCAACUUCUAUAAAACUCUUCGAAUCUCAUAUCAAGACACUGUCUCACACUGUACAAACCAAUGUAGAAUGUUUUUUCUUUGGGUUUAUUGGACAGUUGCACCAUCAUACAGUAGCAAAAUUUGUGUCUCCACAUUGAGAGAGUGGCUGUGUGUGGCUUAUUGUUUCUAUCAUCUGACAUAUCAUUGUGAUUAUUAGUAGCCUUAUUAGCCUACUGCUAUCAGAGGAAACCGCUGCUCAAAUUCACAACUUCUACAGUAAAAUUGUUGGGAACAAAGUCGUUGAACUUAGGAUGAAUCCAGCACCACUGUCAGAAUAAAAUGUUUUUCAGUUUAAAGACAUAUGAUAAUAAUUCUUAUGAAAAAGGUCUGAGAUUGCAGUGUAAAUGAGUGUAGGUCUAUAUAACUGUGGUGUUGUAUUAUUUUCAUUUGGUGCUUCACAUCGCUUCAGCUGAACUUUUUUCCUUGUUCUUGUUCCAUGUUGUUUCAUCGAAAUUACAGAAAGCUACAGAAAGUAUGCAAAUAAAAUACAAUUAACAUUA